ACGCUUUCUAGCAACUUCAAAGUCGACCUCCACAAUUUAUCACUAAAUUUUUAUCUUAUUUUCCGGCACCACCAUGCUUCCUUGGCCGAUUAUUCCACCGUCACCACCACUUCCUCUUGUUCCCUUAGUAUCGUUUAUUUUCGUGUUUGUGCUUGUAUAUAAUCUAAUAAGGAAGAGCCACCACCACUCAUCGCCAAAUAAACUCGGGUUACCGCCAGGUUCAAUGGGGUGGCCUUACCUAGGUGAAACCCUCAAGCUCUUCACUGAAAAUCCAAAUUCCUUCUUCUCCAACCGAGAAAAAAGGUAUGGGAAAAUAUUCAAGACACACAUUUUGGGAUGCCCUUGUGUCAUGGUAUCAAGUCCGGAACUAGCAAAGAUUGUGUUAGUGACUCGAUCACAUAUGUUCAAGCCUACAUAUCCUCCAAGCAAAGAAAAGAUGAUAGGCCCGGAAGCCGUCUUUUUUCACCAAGGGCCAUACCAUUCUCAUCUCAAGAAAAUUAUCCAAUCAUCUUUUCUUCCAUCAAAGAUCAAAGGGUCCGUUUCCCAUAUCGAGGAUAUAGUUCUCGGGCUUCUUUCUACUUGGAAACAUAAUGACACCAUCAACACCUUGCAUGAGAUGAAAAAGUAUGCUUUUGAAGUGGCAAUGUUAUCAGUUUUUGGGAACAAGUUAGAGGAGGACAGAGAAGGAAUAAAAAGUUUGUAUCAAUGUCUAGAAAAAGGAUACAACUCCAUGCCUUUGAAUCUUCCUGGCACUCCAUUCUACAAAGCAAUGAAGGCAAGAAAGGCUCUAGAUGACAAAUUAAGGAGAAUGAUAGAGAAGAGAAAGGAGAGUGGGGAGAAUGGUGAAGGAUUAUUAGGAGCAUUUUUGUCAAAUGAAGAAGGGAAAAUGCAAAUAACUGAAUCACAAGUAGCAGAUAACAUCAUAGGGGUAAUAUUUGCAGCCCAUGAUACAACUGCAAGUGUUCUAACAUGGCUCCUCAAAUAUCUGCAUGACCAUCCAUAUUUCCUGGAUGCUGUCAAAAGAGAACAAGAAGAAUUACGAUGCAAAAGACUUGAAGAUAAUCGUAGGAUUACGUGGGAUGAUACGAGACAAAUGCCAUUCACUACACGGGUAAUACAAGAGACGCUUAGAGCGGCGAGUAUACUAUCUUUUACAUACAGAGAAGUAGUAGAAGACGUGGAAAUGGAAGGCUAUUUGAUACCAAAAGGUUGGAAGGUCCUUCCCCUCUUCAGAAGCAUCCAUUACUCUUCUGACUUUUUCCCUCUUCCUCACAAAUUCGACCCUUCAAGAUUCGAGGUUGCGCCUCGACCAAGCACGUACAUGCCAUUCGGGAAUGGGGCCCACUCGUGCCCCGGUAGUGAGUUCGCAAAGCUUGAGAUGCUCAUCCUCAUCCAUCACCUCACCACCACCCUUAGAUGGGAAGUGAUUGGAGAAGAUGGAAUACAAUAUGGCCCGUUUCCUAUACCCCGAGAUGGUUUACCCAUUAAAGUUUAUCCUGUAAAGAAAUAAAGAAAUCUAACAUUUGAUAUGAUGAAAGUAUUGUUUUCAGGGGUCAAAAUUGAAGUCUUACCCUGUUAACUUACACUUGUUUAUUUAUGAUGCACAUAUCGAUCUCUUGUAAAAAAAUGUAAUUACCAAAAAAAAAAAGGAAAUAGGCAGAGACAAUUAAUGUUUGGAGUCUAUGUGAUCAUAUUGUAGGGUCCAAUUAAUGUUAAUGUCACUUGCAAUUUAAUGAAAAGAAACAAAAUAAAAUUCCAUAAACUUACUCAAGAAA